UCUCUUUCGCGUCCUGCGCAGAAUGACCAUGUGUAGCGGAGUGAGGCUGGCCCUGCUGGUCUACGGGAUAAUAAUGCACAGCAGCGUCUAUUGCUCACCUGCCGCCGCCGGACUCCGGUUUCCUGGGAUCAGGCCGGAGGACGAGGCGUACGACGAGGACGGAAACCCGCUGCAGGACUUCUAUGACUCGGAUCCACCUGGCGUGGGGAGCCCCGCCUCCGCGCUGCGCGACGCCUACGCGCUCUACUACCCGGCGGAGGAAAGAGAUUUCGCCCACGGGGUCCUUAACAAGGCCUACCGCAAAGUGCUGGACCAGCUGUCCGCCAGGAAAUACCUGCAGACGCUCACGGCCAAGGGCGUGGGUGGGAACCUGGGCGGAGGCGCGGACGACGACUCGGAGCCGCUCUCCAAGCGCCACUCGGACGGAAUCUUCACGGACAGCUACAGCCGCUACCGGAAACAAAUGGCUGUUAAGAAAUACUUGGCGGCCGUCCUAGGGAAAAGGUAUAAACAAAGGGUUAAAAACAAAGGACGGCGAAUAGCGUAUUUGUAGCGAUGAGUUACCAGCUACCCUGUGUAUACAACCCUGACACACUGAAAAGUCAU